GCAACGCUUGGCACAAACAAUCCACCAAGCGACGAGCGACUGCACGUAAGGUCGCUUGGAGCGAUGGAGACGACGCAGACAUCGACAACACAAGCAACCGGUAGCGCGGUCGAAACAUCGUGUCCGCCUUUGUCCUACCAAUUCCAUCUCUUCGGUGCAUUCAAUGCGGUUUGCAGCAAAGGAAAAAACGGAAUCCAAACAUGCCAAGCGAUCUCGUCAUACCUGCAAGAAAGAGCAGCGCAUGAGCAGGUGUACAGCAAACAGCUCGCCAAGAUUCAACAGAGCGUGAAAACGGAGGACUGGGCCAAGCACGUCGCAAACACGUGGAACACGUUCCAUCACACAAUUGCAGCCAUCUCGCUCGAAUACGCAGAGUUUUCCAACAUGCAUACAUCGAGUAUCGUGUCUGGCAUGAAAGCGUGCACGAGCCAACAGGAAAGCCAAAUUCAGCGGCUCAUUACAGAGGGCACAAAGCUUCGAACCCAGUACAUCGAGUGCAUGAACAAGCUAACCAAGGCCAAGGAGCGAUACGAGCGCAAAUGCGCGGAAGCUAUCGAAACGAUCCAGACGAUUCGGCGUCCUCCGGUCCCCGAUGCUGCGGAAAAGGUCGACAUCUUCUCCAAGGUCUGGGACAACACUACCAAAGGUCUCGGACUUGGGUCCAUGGAGCGGCAGAAGCAAAAGAUCACGGCAUGCUUGGACGAAGUUCUUUCAUCCGAGGACGCCUACAUCCGCGCCGUGGACACUGUCAACACGCAGUACGACACGUACGAGCGACAAGUCCACGACAACUUGAUGGCAUUUGAGGUCACGGAAGAACAGCGACUCGAAUACAUUAAGGACUUGCUCGUCCGAUCUGAAAAGUCCCGAGGCGCCAUGAUGUCCCGCGUCGAGGGCUUGAUUACGGGCAUGCGCGAAGCCCUCAAAUCGAUCGACAUCCUGGACGACAUCGACGACGGCUUUACCACGUUGCUGGGAUUGAAAACCGAGGGCCGAGAGGAGCCCGAGCUGCAGUUUGACAUAAAUCCCGCAUCGAUCACGACCCUCGUGACAAAAAUGCAGACGAUGAGCGACCAAGGAGUGAUCUUCACACAUACAAUGCUCAAUACGCUCGUCGAGUGCAUUUCGGCGGAAGAAACGUUGGUCGGCGCCCUCGAGAGAAUCCAUGCGGCGUCCUUACCUUCGUCGCAGUUGUCCGAGCCCGCGCUAUUUUCAUCAGCGACGCCAGUUGUGGUCGCCGAAGGCACGACCCUUGCGCGGGGAUGGGAAGCCGUACUUACUCAUUUGCAACGAGUUGCGCACUUGCACAGAGAAUUUGGCUCCCUCUUGGCCGAGCCAGUCUCGCUCAGCUUGGACACGAUGAAAACCGAGUACAUUGAGACCAAGCUGCGCAUGGAAGAGCAGCUCCAGGUCGUCAUGGCGUCCGUCUCAAACGAAAUGGCGAUCCACGCGAAGCUCGAGCAGAAAUUUGAAGCCAAGACGAAAGAACUCGCUGCUACAAAGGCAUCCCUUGCGUACAGUGCCCAAGAAAAGGAUGCCAUGCUCCAAAGGUUCAUGGAGAGUCCAAUGGACCGAGAGCGCAAACUCGUCCUGAAAGCAGAGCUACUUCACGAAGAAGUGAACAAUUUGAAAUCACAGCUUGAAGUGAACAGUGCAGCUCUGAGCGCCAAGUUACUUCAGCGCCGACAGGACAUUUGUCAAAUUGUGUCGCUGUGCAUGAAAAACGAAAAGUAUCGCUUGGACGUGAAGAAAAGUUCGCUGCGAUCGCUGGUUAAAGCGCACGAACACUUGGUCCAUGGAUUGCUCAACGCAUCAUCGAAAGUGCGCUGCGACGUAGACAAGAUAAACCCCGGCAGCGACAUCAAGGAAUUCAUCCAGCAUGCUCAAGUCCCUUGGCAAGCCCACGACCGCCUUGUGCCGGCUCUCCACGGCAACAUUAUGCUAGCCAACGAACUCAAAGCCCAUGAGAAAACUCCUCCCAAAUUAGCUCGCGCACUGAGCUCACUGUCCAUUCGCACGCUCGACGAUGUCAAGGACGGUGCCUUGAACGACAAAAAGCCCACCGCGGACGAUGCUCCAAAGGACGAGUUGUUUGGGCACUCGGACCUGCAAAAGAAUUUCAACUUGCCGCUAUCAGAGCAAGUCGUCACGAGCUUUACGUGUGCCCUCUACCUCAACAAUUUCCCACACCACGGCCGCCUGUAUUUGUCGCAAAGUUUCCUGUGUUUUUCUGGAUGGCGCGAUUCGUACGUGGUGGUACCGAUCAUGGAGGUCACACAUGUUGAAAAGAAAAAUACAGCCAUUGUGGUUCCAAAUGCAUUGGAGCUGAGCACAACAAAGCAGGGAAAGUUCUUUUUUGCAUCUUUCCUUUUCAGGGAAGAAUGCAUUCAAUCCAUUACUCAGUUGCAGCAAAUCAAGAAACAAACCCAAGAAAUUCUCUCUCCUGGGCAGCCUCAGUCCGCUCCAGAUACAACCAAAUCCACUCCAACGACAGCCACAGACACUACAAGCGCAUUGACAAAUGCAACAACGACGCUUGACCUGGCCGACGAACAACACAUCCUCUCAAACGAUUACGAUGCCGUGUUGGACGUCACGUUGCCAUUCGACCUGGACGUUGCGUUUUCGAGGUUUUGGCACCCCGCCGAUUUUUUAACGUCACUCCUGGACAGUUGCGGAGAAACGAACGUGGACGUCGGCACGUGGGAAAUCGUAGAGACGAUUUACACGGCAUUUCAACGCCAAGAAACCUUUCAAGGGGUUCGUUCUGUAGCGUACACCCACAACAAAAAGUACAUGGUUGGCCCCAGCAGCAUCCCAACAAUGCAAAUCCAACGGUUCAAAUACGACAAGACCAAGUGCUUCGUUGUCAGUGUCACGUCGACUGUGUCGGACGCGCCAUACCACGACUACUUUCGAGCGGAAAGCCGAUGGUUGUUCACGCCGUCGGGACCUUCCGAGUGCCGACUUCAAUGUGGUGUUCGGUUGAACUGGGUCAAGAGCACUUGGCUGAAAAAACAGAUUGAAAGCGCGACUGCAGCCGAGUCGAAGGAAACCAUGCAACAUUGGACUGUCAAGGCGACGGAAGCUUCCAAGACACCACGUGUGCUUGCCCACACAGCAGACCAAUCUGCAGCUCCUCCUUCGCCAAACCUUCCUGAAGCCCCCAAAACAACAGCCACCAUCCAGUCGUUCCGACCGAACCCUCGACAUUUCUUCACGGAAGUUUUCGUCGUCGUUGGGAUUGCGAUUGCUUUGCAUUUCGUCUAUUCGCUUCAUUGCAUGUCGUCCACUCUACGCAACAUCGUUCGCGUACAAUUCGAGCAGCAACAGCUGAUCGAACAGAUCCUCCUAAAGCUGUCCACAAGCCCAUGACAAUCGUCACGUUAAUCGUCCUGGAAUAAAUGCAACGAUGCAAAGUUAAGUCGCGGGAUGCACUUCGGCAAUGGAUGGACGGGAUCUGCAGCGAUCGACGAGCC